UUAUUUCAAGAACAAAUCCCAAGUCUAGAAUCUUGAAAGAGAACUGAUGGGUGGCGACUUUCUGGGUUGUUUGUAUGUUGUCUUAGGUGAGACUGAGACAGGGAAGUCUUAGUAAAGUCGUAAUUGUUCAGGAGAUGCUACCACUAAUGUAGUAAGCUAAUAUGGCUGCCUUGUAUGCUUCAAAGAGGGGCUGUGAACACUUCCGACAUUAAUUAUAACCACAAUCCCAUUCUGUUCAGCUACUGUAUUGUUCAGGUGACUUCAUUUAUGAAUUAAUUAAGAAAUUUAUUGUCAUUACAACAUCAUCCAAAAUACCAGUUACCUACCAAACUGUAGAUUUACUUGUGUUUGAUAUAGUUUCUACAAUUUUAAUGGGAGAAGAGCACAGUAGGAUUGCCAUCCUUUUUCUAAAAUACGGAAUCGCCCCGUAUACAGGAAGCGAUUUGUUCCGUAUUUCUGUAUGUCCGACAGUAACGCCUAUAACACAUAUAAACAUUUAGUGCAACAAUAAUUAUGAAACUCAAACACAAGAUUUGUUAAGGUCAGCUAAAUUGUGGCAGGAGCUAGUAAGGACCCCAGAAUGCUUCUGACCAAUGAUGAUGUCACGGUUGCCUAGAGACGGACACUAAGUCCCUUUUGCACUGCACCGCUGGACCCGGGUCCAUUUAAUAAUGGCGUAUUAAGUUUUGUUGUGCUGCUUUUGACCAAAAAAGAUCUGAGCUAACUCCCGCUCUCCGGGUAAACUCAACCGAUGCUUGCCACGGUUGUUCCUGCCUUCCCAAACUUCAGCAGUUUUCUAGUUGUUCUGCUGAGAUAGUGACAUCAAUUUGUGACAUCACGCAUAUUGAUGUCACAAAGAGCUAGUCACAAAAAGCUGCACUCUUGAAUUCUACAGUCAUAACCAUUGCAGAAGAGAGAGAGAGCAAUUACAAGGAUUGUGUCCUAUCAAGAGAUUGAAAAGGAAAGUUUUUCAAGAUAAAAAGGAAAAUCCUCACAAUCAAAUAAAGGAAAACAUGGGGCAGAUUUUGGAUUUGUUCAGACAAGAAGGAUCAAAAGUGAGUCAGCACAAUAAGGCUUCAUCUUCUGAUUCUGGGAAUGAAGAAAUACAACAGAUCUUGGCUAGAGAGUCAGAGAAGCUAAAUGGCAUCUUGGAAGAAGUCAACAUGAUGUCCAUUGAGAGACAGUCGCUGAUCAAAGCAAAUGAGGAGCUGAAGAUUAAAGUUAUAGACACAGAAAAAGCUGCACUUGCAAAAGACAAGGAAUUAAAAAAGCUGUUGGUUGUAAACAGAACUUUAAAGGACGAUAACACCGCAUUGAAGCAGAAAAACACUACACUGGGGCAAAAAACCACCGCCUUGGAAGAGGACAAAAACAAGCUGGAGCAGAAAAACACCGCCCUGGAGAAGGAAAAAAAUACCCUACAUCAGGAAAACAGCAUUUUAAAACAGGUAAAUACCGUCUUGGAGGAGGAAAACACCUUCUUCGAGCAGAAAAGUAAGGUCCUGGAAAAAGAAAAGACUGCCUUGGAGCAGAAAUACACCACUCAAAUCAGCAACCUGGAGCAGAGAAUUUCCACAUUAGAACAGGAAAACACCGAUCAGAGGGAAAGAAUUUCCACAUUAGACGAGGAAAACACCGCUCAGAGGGAGAGAUUCUCUCGUACAGUGCGGGUAAAUGGCAUCCUGGAGCACAGAACAAGGCUUUUGGAACGGCAAAACUUUGUUUAUGAGCACGAGAACAGAGACCUGCAUCACGUUCUGAAUUUGAGAAGAGGGCAACACGAGCAGGACAAAACCUCCCAGAUGCUAACUAUCACUGCUCUGGAGGUGAAAUGCACUGCCCUGGAGCAGAAAAACACUACCCUGGAGGAUGAAAAGACCGCUUUGGAGAAGGAAAAGACCGCUCUGGAGGAAGAGAACACCGCUCUGGAGCAAAAAAGUAUCACCCUGCAGCAGAGAAUAACCUACUUGGAGCAAAUAAACAAGAGUUUGGAGCUGAUAAAUGCCUCCCAGGAGCAGGUGAACAGCACACUGAAGCAGGAGAACAGUGCUCUGAAGCAGGAGAAUAGCCUCCCGUCGGUCUCUCGGCCUGCCUCCAGGGCUUCGUAGUGAGUCCUGUUGGUCUCCGUGCUGACCUAAAGGGCUUCGUAGCGAGUCCUGUCGGUCUCUGUGCUGACCUCCAGGGCUUUGCAGCGAAUCCCGUUGGUCUCCGUGCUGACCUCCAGGGCUUCGUAGCGAGUCCUGUCGGUCUCUGUACUGACCUCCAGGGCUUCAUAGUGAGUCCCGUUGGUCUCCGGGCUAACCUCCAGGGCUUCGUAUCGAGUUCUGAUGGUCUCCCGGCCUGCCUCCAGGGCUUCACAGCGAAUCCCGUUGGUCUCCGUGCUGACCUACAGGGCUUCAUAGUGAGUCCCGUGGGUCUCCGGGCUAACCUCCAGGGCUUUGUAGCGAGUCCUGAUGGUCUCUCAGCCUGCCUCCAGGGCUUCAAAGCGAGUCCUGUCGGUCUCCGGGCUGACCUCCAGGGCUUUAUAGUGAGUCCCGU